GUUUCAAAAGUCAAACCAAUCAUUCUUCUUCUCUCUGAUUCUUGAGGUUUCUUCAGAAGCAAUACAUUGGGUUCCUUUUUCAACUUCAAAACUGGUUCUGUUUUGAUUAUCUCAAAGGGUUUCUUUUUUUCUUUUGUUUUUAUUUUUGUUUUACCUUAUAUUGAUCAUCAAGUUGUGUGCAAUGGCAAGGCCUGGCAACAAGAUUAUACAAGCCAAGCUGGUGGGUGCUUCUGGGGGACAUGGGAACUGGGAAAACAAGUUUGGUAUUAAGAUUUAUCAAAGGUCAAUUUUACGAUCACCAGGAACCAACAAUAGGGGCAGCAUUUUUCACUCAGAUAUUAUCCUUGACUGAAGCCACUGUAAAAUUUGAUAUCUGGGACACAGCAGGACAAGAGAGAUACCAUAGCUUGGCUCCUAUGUACUAUCGUGGCGCAGCCGCCGCUGUAGUUGUGUAUGACAUCUCGAGCACGGAUACAUUCAAUAGAGCGAAGAAGUGGGUUCAGGAAUUGCAUAGACAAGGAAAUCAAAAUUUGGUGAUGGCAUUGGUGGGAAACAAGUCUGACUUGAAUUCACAUAGAGAGGUGGAAGCUGAGGAAGCUGAGCAAUUCGCCCAAGAAAGUGGAAUGUUUUACAUGGAAACUUCAGCAAAAACUGCGCAGAAUAUCAAUGAGCUUUUCUAUGAAAUAGCAAAAAGACUGGCAAGAAUUAGUCCUCCAAGGUCUUCAGGGAUAACUCUAAACCAUGAGACACCUGACAAAAGAAGACGGUUUUGUUGCAUAGGAUGAGACUUGGUUUCUUUCAAGAUUCCUGGAAAUGGCUCUUCUCGCAGCCCUCUUUGAGUUUCACUUUGUAAAAACGUGCUGCUUUACAGAAAAUCUGGGAAUUGUGCCUCAAGUUGUGUGUUAAUCUUGGCUCCCAUAAUUCUCAUUUCAAGGUGUACGAGUUGCAAAUUAUUUGUGAAUAAGAUACCCUCAGGUUUUUAUAAUUGUUAUAAAUGACAAAAGUUCAGAAACAUCUACCAAUUUGCAUAUAAACUAAUCAAAUUUAUGCAAGCAUGUCCAAAUUCAUAGAGGGAUUCUUU